CUCUUUCAGUUCUCAAACCAGCAGUAUUGGACACCAUUCCACUUUUCCCAAAAUACCCCUAUCCUCACUCCAAAAUGUCUUCCUUGUCCCUCGUCCACCUUCCGCUCUCCCUCCCAUCAACGCCUAACAGAAGGAAGAAAUCCCACCCUCCGAUUUCAAUCCUCCAUCGUCCGAUCAUCUCCGCCUCAGUAUCAGAAAAACCCUCUUCCUCCUCUCCUCCACCCACCACAACCACCACAAAUCUCCCCAUCCGCAAGAUCCCAGGAUCGUACGGCCCCCCGCUGGUGGGACCCCUCAAGGACCGGCUCGACUUCUUCUACAACCAAGGGCGGGAGGCUUUUUUCAAGACCCGAAUCCAGAGGCACCAGUCGACUGUCUUCCGCACGAACAUGCCACCUGGGCCGUUCAUCUCGCCGAACCCCAACGUCGUCGCGCUGCUCGAUGCCGUGAGCUUCCCGACGCUCUUCGACGUCUCGAAAGUCGAGAAGAAGGACCUCUUCGUCGGCACCUACAUGCCGUCCACGGAACUCACGGGCGGGUAUCGGAUCCUCUCCUACCUGGACCCGGACGAGCCGAGCCACGCCAAGCUCAAGCAGCUCAUCUUCUUCCUCCUCAAAUCCAGCCGCGACAGGGUCAUACCCGAGUUCCAGAUCAGCUUCUCGGCCCUCUUCGCCGAUCUUGAGGCGGAGCUAUCUGCCAAGGGAAAAGCCGGUUUCAACACCCCCAACGACUCGGCUUCCUUCAGCUUCCUCGCCAACUCACUCUACGGCGUGAACCCGGUCGAUACAGAGCUCGGUAAGGACGGACCGACCCUGAUCGGGAAAUGGGUGCUCUUCCAGCUCGGCCCGUUGCUCCGACUCGGCCUCCCGAAGCUUCUGGAAGAGCUCCUCCUCCACACCUUCCCCCUCCCGCCGUUCCUCGUGAAAAAGGACUACGGCCGGCUUUACAAGUUCUUCUACGACUCGGCCGGUCCGGUUCUCGACGAGGCGCAGAAGAUGGGCAUUUCCCGAGAUGAAGCUACUCACAACCUCAUCUUCGCCACGUGCUUCAACUCCUUCGGCGGGAUGAAGAUCUUCUUCCCCGCGAUCGUGAAGUGGAUCGGGCGUGCCGGAUCGAAGCUGCAUCGCCAGCUGGCGGAGGAGAUCAGAUCCGCCAUCAGAUCCAACGGCGGGGAAGUGUCGAUGAGAGCGAUGGAACAGAUGCCGUUGAUGAAAUCGGUCGUCUACGAGGCGUUCCGCAUCGAGCCGCCCGUUCAGUUCCAGUACGGAAAGGCGAAGCGCGAUCUGAUCGUGAAAAGCCACGACGCGGCGUUUGAGAUCAAGAAAGGGGAGAUGCUGUUCGGUUUCCAGCCGUUUGCGACCAAAGACCCGAGGAUAUUCGACAGGGCCGAGGAGUUCGUGCCAGACAGAUUCGUUGGGGAGGCUGGAGAGAAGCUGCUAAAGCACGUGAUCUGGUCGAAUGGGCCGGAGACGGAGAAUCCAACGGUGGAGAAUAAACAGUGCGCGGGGAAAGAUUUCGUCGUCUUGGCAGCGAGGCUGCUGGUCGUCGAGAUCUUCCGCCGCUACGACUCGUUCGAGAUCGAGGUCGGGAGCACGCCGUUAGGGACGGCCGUUACGUUGACCUCGCUGAAGCGGGCGAGUUUUUGAAAGAAUCGGGCGAUCCCAAUACCGGCCGGGCAUGUUUUAGUACCGGAUUAGUAGUUUUUGAGGACUCGAGGGGUAUUUUUGAGAAGUCCGUAAUGCGGUCCGACGCGGACUCUUAUCCUGCUUAUGAAAAGUUCUCUCUCCCAACAUCGCGACUCAGGAUAAACACCAUGCGUCGUCUUGGUGGGGCCAUACCCAGAGACAGUACGAUGAUCAAAGCCGUUCAUUUUUUGUUACCUAUUACUUUCGAGUAGCAGUACAAAACCUAAGCUGUGCGGAUGAGUCUGACAGUUGAUGCGCUUAUAUGAAUGUGGACCGUUGAAAAGAAAAUUGUCGAAUUCAACUCCACAUAUAGAUGUCAUGAUCAUUCCUUCACCGUUAAAACUAUGGACGGAUCAGAUAAUCGGACCAUGUCUGUAUGUGGGCCCACUAGGGUGUCGCGUAGAGAUGAUCCAUUGAUCCUGAAUGGCGACAGAGGCAACAGAAGUUAGUGUAUAAUAUUGUAUUGUUUCGAAAGAUUGUAGACCCACGUUUAUAGUUAUUAGUCCUUAUCUUUAAUUUGAAAUUAUCACUCUUUUUAAAUUACCAA